GACCGCAGACUUCGGACCCCGAGCGCGCCCCCUGUUCUUGCCCGGGACCCCCGAGCGCGCCCCCUGUUCUUGCCCCAGACCCCCGGGUACGCCCCCCGAGCGCGCCCCGGCCAUGCGCGGCCUGGGGCUCCAGCUGCUCGCGCUGUGUCUAAAAGUGGCCGCCCCCAGCACCCUGCUGCCCCACGUGGAGCAGUAUGAGGUGGUGUGGCCCCAGCGCCUGUCAGCAUCCCGUGCCCGCCGAGCUCUGCCCUCCCACCUGGUCCUCUGAGGGACUUCCCGGCCUUGGGUGCAUCCCCAGCCCAGCAGAGCUCCAUCACACCCAGCUUGGAGGUGGGUGGACCCUGGGGCAGGGCCUCUCACCCUGGACCCCUCCCUUUCCCCUGGCUCAGGACCUGUACCCGGAGAGUGUGAGCUUCGUCCUUGGGACCCAAGGGCACAACUUCACCCUGCACUUGAGGAAGAACAGGGACCUGGUGGGCUCGGGCUACACGGAGACCUACAAAGCUGCUAAUGGCUCCCAGGUGGUAGAGCAGCUACAAAGGCAGGGUCACUGCUUCUACCAGGGCCACGUGGAGGGGCACCAGCAUUCCGCCGCCAGCCUCAGCACCUGUGCUGGCCUCAGGGGCUUUUUCCGGGCCGGCUCAGAUGUCCACCUGAUCGAGCCCCUGGACGGGGGUGGCGAAGAGGGACAGCAUGCACUGUACCGGGCGCAGCACCUGCAACAGAAGGCCAGGACCUGUGGGGUCAGCGACACCAGCUUGGAGAAGGCCUUGGGGCCUCGGAUCUCGGCUGCCUUCAGGCCCCGGAACUGGCCAGUGGCCCGAGACACCCGCUACGUGGAGCUGUAUGUGGUCACGGACAGCGCAGAGUUCCGGCGGCUGGGGAGCAGGGCAGCUGUUCGUAGCCGGGUGAUGGAGGUGGUAAACCAUGUGGACAAGCUUUAUCAGGAGCUCAAUUUCCGUGUGGUCCUGGUGGGCCUGGAGAUGUGGAACCAAGAGGACCAGAUUCACGUGAGCUCGAACCCCGACACCACACUGGACAACUUCCUCCAGUGGCGGACACAGAACUUGGUGGGACGGCACCAGCACGACAAUGCGCAGCUUAUCACGGGGGUUGAGUUCACCGGGACCACCGUGGGACUGGCCAAGGUGUCGGCCAUGUGCUCCCAGGACUCUGGGGCUGUAAACCAGGACCACAACCUAAAGAACCCCAUCGGCGUCGCGUCUACCAUGGCCCACGAGAUGGGCCACAACCUGGGCAUGGACCAUGACGAGAACAUUCAGGGCUGCUACUGCCCCGUGCCACGGGAGGGCGGCGGCUGCAUCAUGGCGGCCAGCAUCGGCGCCCAGUUCCCCAGAAUGUUCAGCCAGUGCAGCCGCGCUGACCUGGAGAUGUUCAUGGAGAAGCCUCGGACAGCCUGCCUGGCCAACGCCCCCGACCCCGGCCGGCUGGUGGGCGACCCUGUGUGCGGGAACCGGUUUGUGGAGCGUGGGGAGCAGUGUGACUGCGGCCCGCCCCAGGCCUGUCGGAACCCUUGCUGCAACGCCACCACUUGCCAGCUGGCUGCGGGGGCCCAGUGCGCCCAGGGCUCUUGCUGCCGUGACUGCAGGGUGACCCCUGCCGGUGAGCUGUGCCGUCCCCCCAAGGAUGCGUGUGACCUUGAGGAGUACUGUGAUGGCCAGCGGCCAGCGUGCCCGGAGGACGUCUUCCAGGAGAACGGCACACCCUGCCCAGGGGGCUACUGCUACAAUGGGGUCUGCCCCACGCUGGCCCAGAGGUGCCGGGACUUGUCGGGGCUAGGUUCACGGGUUGCCGUGGAAACAUGCUACACCUACAACCUCUUACCAGGCUGCCAGGGCAGGCUCACCCAUGGUGCCAGCAGGGUCAACAAGUGUGGCAUCCUGUACUGUGAGGGUGGACAGAAGCCCCCAGAGCGGAGUUCCUGCUCCUUCGCCUCCCCCGCGGGCACUUGCCAGGCUCUCGUCCUGGAGGGAGGUGCAGGGUACGAGCCGGUGCCGGAAGGCACCAAGUGUGGCGAGGAGAAGAUUUGCUGGAAAGGACUCUGCCAGCUCCUGCAAGUUUACAGAUCCAGGAACUGCUCCGCCCAGUGCAACAGCCGUGGGGUGUGCAACCACAAGGGAGAGUGCCACUGCCACCCGGGCUGGGCGCCGCCCCGCUGCGCAGAGCCGCUGCCCCAUAUGCGCACAGUGGCCACUGUGCAUGCAGCCGUCCACAGCACCACGGCCUCCAGGGUCUGGCCAGACCUUGCUCAUGUCACUGUGGGCCAGGGACCAGUCACCACCAAGCCCUCCAACCCGUCAUCUGAGAGCCUGCAGCACUGGUGGUCCAGGAGCCCCCUGGUGGGCGUGCUGGUAUCCGUGGUGCUGCUGGUGGCUCUCCUGGCAGGCGUGGUCAUCUUCUGGAAGGCCCGGAGCCGCGUCUGUUCGAGGAGCGCAGCGCCCAAGACUGCCAAGGGGCUCUCCAACCCCCUGUUCCACGAGGGGCAUGGUAUGCCAGCCAAGGGUGGGGCUCCGGCCCCCCCCACCCACCCCAGCCAGCCCACCAUGCCCAUGACCCGCACGGCGACCCCUAAGCAGCCACCGCCUGCUCCUCCAGCCACCAUGUCCAAACCACCCUUCACCGUUCCUGUGUACACCCGGCCGCCCCCAGACCAGCUCAGACCUGCUCCUCCUGCCAAGCCCCUCCCUGAGCUGAAGCCCAAGCAGGGUGUGAAGCCGACCUUCCCACCCCCGAUGCCACCAGUCAAGCCUGGGGCUGGAGGGGCCAACCCUGGACCCACGCAGUGAGCCGCUCCUGCGGGCCGUGAAUCUUUCCCUCCUGUUGGUACAAGGGAGACAGUCGAAGGUUACAGGGGUUAGCGGCUGCGGCGUCACCGGCCGUGGGAGCGGCGAUGACCGCCGUCGCGUGAGGGGUGACCUACGUCUAAGAACUGCGGGAGCGAGUGUGAUUCAUUCGUGCUCCCGGUAGCAGAUGCCUUAGCGGCCGUUCGUUUCUUCCUUCGAGGGCGCCGCGGGUCCGAAGGCUGCUCUGAAGCCCCCCGUGCAGAGGCGGUGACGCCGGGCAGCGGACGCCGGGCCUGAGCGGGGAGCGCGGCUGCCCUUCAGGGGAGGGGCCCGGCCCCCUGCCCCCUGUCCCCUGUCCCGGCCCCCUGCCCCCUGCCGCCCUGCCCCCGCCCCCCGCGGCCGGCCUGACAAGUGCCAACGGAGGAGCCGAACCCCGAGGGGCACCUGCGGCCGCUGCUCUGGGAGCCCCCGCCCACCCCCGGGGUCCCGCGGCGGGGCCGGAACUGCAAUGAAGAGUGUAUUUUCUGAUUAAGUUAUUAUUAAGUUCUAAAUAAUCGCAGUUGUUUACGAAAUCGAUGUUACACUGUGCGUUAAACAAUGUGGAAUACAAUUUAUAACACGUUAA